AUGGCUAAGACCUACCAAAACCUGUGGGUCCAGCAUCCUGGGGCCCAUGGCUCAGCGGUGGAGGAGGAAAGUGAAACAUUUAAAGAGUUGGGUGUGACAGAUGUUUUAUGUAAAGCUUGUGACCAGUUGGGACGGGCAAAACCCACCAAGAUCCAGAUUGAAGCUACUCCUUUGGCCUUACAAGGUCGUGACGUCUUUGCUUUGCCCAUUCUGAAUGCACUGCUGGAGACCCCCCAGCGCUUGUUGGCCCUGUUUGAAGUGCUGGUGUCCUCCUUUGGAGCGCAGUGUGCUGUGAGUGUUAGUGGAUUUGAUUCAAUGUCUACUCAAUCUCUAACCUUGGUCAAAAACCCACAUAUUGUAAUAGCCACUCCCAAACAACUCAUUGACCACUUGGAAAAUACCAAAGGCUUCAACUUAAGAGCUCUCAAAUACUUGGUUAUGGACAAGGCAGACCAAAUACUGAACAUGGACUUUGAGACAGAGGUUGACAAGAUCCCUAAGUGAUUUCCCUGAACAUUUCUCUUCUCUGCUACCAUGACCAAGAAGGUGCAAAAACUUCAGCGUGCAGCUCUGAAGAGUCCUGUGAAAUGUGCUGUGUCCUCUAAAUACUGGACUGGUGGGAAGUUGCAGCAUUAUUGUCUUUUUAUUCCCUCUAAGUUCCAAGAUACCUACCUGAGCAAGCGUCUAGGAUCCCUUAAUAAGUUUAAGGUCAAGGCUCAUCGCAUUGCUGUUGCCAGCAGAGGUUUGGACAUACCUCAUGUGGGUAUGGUUGUAAGCCUUGACAUUCCCACUCAUUCUAAGGUCAUGAAUCGAGUUGGUCAAACAGCUGGAGCUGGGCGUUCUGGAAAGACUAUUACUUUUCUCACACGGCAUGAUGUAGAACUCUUCCAGCACAUAGAGCAUUUGAUUGGGAUGAAACUGCCUGUCUUUCCAACACAGGAUGACGAGGUUAUGAUGUUGACAGAACAGGUGACUAAAGCCCAGAGAUUUGCCCAAAUGGAGUUAAGGGAACAUGGUGAAAAGAAGAAACAUGCAUGACAGGACACUGGAGAUAAUGGUGCUGAGGGCGCAUUGGGUGUCAGGAACAAGGUGGCUGGAGGAAGAAUGAAGAAACAGAAAGGCCAUUAAUCACUUCUGUAAGGACACGAGUUCUACCUUCUGUCAGCAAAAUGGGAUUGGAGCAGGCGAUGAAGCCCUCCCACAGUGCCUGGGACCAGAGGCCCGUCAGGAGACUGCGGGCUAACUCCAUGCUCCGUCCCUUCUUGUCAAGACAACCCAUCUCCCUGCUCUGAUUCCUCGCUCGUGACCACAGGGGGCUGUGCUC